GCCCAGCCGGGCCCCGCGCCGCCCGCCCCGGCCCAGCUGGUGCAGAAGGCGCACGAGCUCAUGUGGUACGUGCUGGUCAAGGACCAGAGGCGGAUGGUCCUCUGGUUCCCCGACAUGGUGCGGGAUGUGAUCGGCAGCUACAAGAAGUGGUGCCGCAGCAUCCUCCGGCGCACCAGCCUCAUCCUGGCGCGCGUCUUCGGGCUGCACCUGCGGCUCACCAGCCUGCACACCAUGGAGUUCUCGCUGGUCAAGGCGCUGGAGCCGGAGGAGCAGGAGCGCGUGGCGCUGAGCAACCCCAUGCCCAUGACGGGCCUCCUGCUGAUGAUCCUGAGCCUCAUCUACGUGAAGGGCCGAGGCGCCCGGGAGAGCGCCGUCUGGAACGUGCUGCGCAUCCUGGGGCUGCGGCCCUGGAAGAAGCACUCGACCUUCGGCGACGUCAGGAGGCUCAUCACCGAGGAGUUCGUGCAGCAGAGCUACCUGAAGUACCAGCGCGUGCCCCACGUCGAGCCGCCCGAGUACGAGUUCUUCUGGGGCCCCCGCGCCACCCGCGAGAUCACCAAGAUGCAGAUCAUGGAGUUCCUGGCCAGGGUCUUCAAGAAAGACCCCCAGGCCUGGCCUUCCCGCUACAGGGAAGCUCUGGAAGAGGCCAGGGCUCUGCGGGAGGCUCCCCCGCCCCCCUGCCCCCGCAACAGUGUCUCCGAGGACUAACUAGCAAGGUCUGGAGGCAGGUCCCCUGGUUGCUGACCCUCGCCAGGGUUGGUGGAGGGUGGGGUGGGACGUUAGAGUAUUAAGGGGUUUCCAGUGCAGUAUUUCACGUGUAACUUUUCAGUUUUCAGUACAGUGCUUUUAUACCUUUUCACGCAAUGUAUUCAUGUCACUCUCUUAGGUAGUGUGUAGGGGUUUUUUCCUUUUGCAUGUCGGUUUAUAAGUAAGCUCUGUUGGUGCUUUCGCUUUUGUGCUACCUUUCUUGAAUUUUUUGUACCAGAGACGUGCUAAACUUAUGAAAUACAUUGAGAAGUUUUUCCAUCUUAUUUUAUAUGGGACGCCGGAUGGAUGUGUAUGGGGUAGGCCGCCCCGGGAGAGUUCGAAAGGACUCAACAGCAAAGCCGGCCUCACCAAGAGGAGAGUCAAGGUCCCCGUCUGUUUGUGACCUCGCUGGGCACAGGAAGACAUCCGUGUGGAGUGACUGGACUGGACUGGUCUCAAUGUGGGCACUUGGCACAGUUUACUAAACACAAGUUAACAACCCCACCAUGAGUAACCUUUAAACAGUAAAGAUCCUUGUGAUACAAUCA